CGGUGUUGUCGACUUCACUCCCUACGCACCAAUCUUCCACGCACUCUACGCCUCCUCCCGCGUUGUUCUUCCCGGUCUCUCCCGUAGCCCCUCCCUCUUCAUUUACCCUCAUCGCAAUGCCCGUGGACUCACCGCACCCUCAGAAGCUCUUCCCGCAAGUCCCUUGCGUCUAGAACAUCUCAUCUCGCGUCUCCAAGUUUCUUACCAACUCACCACCAAGGCCAAAUU